AGGGGCUGCUUCUCUCUCUCUCUCUCUCUCUCUCUCUCUUUCUCUCCUUCCCUCUUUCCCUCCUUGUGUGCCGGGUCCCCUCCCUCCCUCCUUCCACGCCUGGUUUCCUCUCUCAUUCUCUCUCUCUCUCUCUCAAUUGGGUUCUCUGCAAGGCGCGCUCUCUCCUCUUUCUCCUCCUUCCUUCUCUCUCUCUCUCUCUCUCUUUCCUUCCUUCCUUCUUCCUUUCCCUCUUUCCCCCGUUGCCGCAGUGGCCCGGCCCUGCUUUCCUCGCCUCCGGAGCCUAGCUGGGCGAGGAGGAAGAGGAAGGAGGGGAAGAGGAAGAGGAAGGGGAGGAAGGGGCCAUGGCGGCCACCGAGAUUGCCCGGCAAGUGGGUGAAGGAUGCCGCACCGUUCCUCUUUCUGGCCACGUCGGGUUCGACAGCUUGCCGGACCAGCUGGUGAACAAAUCCGUUGGCCACGGCUUCUGCUUCAACAUCCUGUGUGUGGGGGAAACUGGGCUCGGGAAGUCAACGUUGAUGGACACGCUUUUCAACACCAAAUUCGAGGGCGAGCCGGCGUCCCACGCGCAGCCGGGCGUCCAGCUGAAGUCCAGCACUUACGACCUCCACGAAAGCAACGUCCACCUGAAACUGACCAUUGUGAGCACCAUGGGCUUCGGGGACCAGAUCAACAAGGAGGACAGCUACAAGCCCAUCGUGGAGUUCAUUGACGCCCAGUUCGAGUCCUACUUGCAGGAGGAGCUGAAGAUCAAGCGGGUCUUGCAUAACUACCACGACUCCCGGAUCCACGCCUGCCUGUACUUCAUCGCCCCCACGGGCCACUCUCUGAAAUCCUUGGAUCUGGUCACCAUGAAGAAGCUUGACAGCAAGGUAAAUAUCAUCCCCAUCAUUGCCAAAUCGGACGCCAUUUCUAAGAGCGAACUCACAAAAUUCAAAAUCAAGAUCACAAGCGAGUUGGUCAGCAACGGAGUCCAGAUUUACCAGUUCCCGACAGACGACGAGUCCGUGGCGGAAAUAAACGGAACGAUGAACGCCCAUUUACCUUUUGCUGUGAUUGGGAGUACAGAGGAAAUUAAGAUCGGAAACAAAAUGAUGAAGGCACGCCAAUAUCCCUGGGGGAUUGUGCAAGUGGAAAACGAAGCGCACUGUGACUUUGUGAAGCUCAGAGAGAUGUUGAUCCGUGUCAACAUGGAGGACCUUCGCGAACAGACGCACACGCGCCAUUACGAGUUGUACCGGCGGUGCAAACUGGAGGAGAUGGGAUUCAAGGACACCGACCCGGACAGCAAGCCAUUCAGUUUACAAGAAACCUACGAGGCCAAAAGGAACGAAUUCUUGGGAGAACUCCAGAAAAAGGAAGAGGAGAUGCGGCAAAUGUUCGUCCAGAGAGUCAAGGAGAAGGAAGGAGAGCUGAAAGAAGCCGAGAAAGAGUUGCAUGAGAAGUUUGACAAGCUGAAGAAGCUUCACCAGGAUGAAAAGAAGAAACUGGAGGACAAGAAGAAAUCCCUGGACGACGAGGUCAACGCCUUCAAGCAGAGGAAGACGGCCGCCGAAUUGCUCCAGUCUCAGGCUCAACAGGCGGGAGGCUCGCAAACCCUGAAGAGGGAGAAGGAGAGGAAAAACUUUUUCUAAUCUGUCUGGCCUGCCUGCCUGCUGCAAUGUGAGGGAGAAGAGGUGCCACUUGUGAGGAAGCAUUGCUUAGGGAUUUCCCACCGGAUCGGGAAAGAGGGAGGGGGAAAAAAGCAAAAAGAGAGGAAUAAAUCCGUAAGUCUGAAAAGAUAACCUUAAAAAGACAUGGUUUGGGUUUGGGUUUUUUUGUUGCUGUUUUAUUGGCUUUCCUGGCCCUGCAUGGAGUGUCGUCGUUCCUUCCUUGUUUUGGGAAAAUAAUAAUAAUAACAACACACAACAAGAGAGUUUCAUGCAACGAGAAGAUUAGAAAAGCGAACAGUUUGCAAAGAGAGAGAACGUCGUAUUGAUUUCGAAAGACGGCGGAGGGAAUCUCACAGUGUGUGGACCAACAACAACAACAAUAAUAUUGAGACAGGUGUUUUUAAUUGUGAUUAUUUCCACCCUCUUUUUAACAUUUCCCUUCCUCUUUUGCCUCGAUAUAGAUAGGAUGGGUGUUUAUUUCUCCUUGCAAAAAUAAUAAUAAUAAGGUAUUCCUGUGGAACGGUUAUGCUCAUUUGUUUUGGAUUUUACGACCUUUUUAUGCAAACGAACAGAGAAAAAAGUGACUUUGCUACCUCUGAGGAAUUGUUCCACUUACGACACCGAAGUUUUAAGGAGGAAAACAAGGGGAAAGAUGAGAGGAAAAAAAGGGGAAAAAGCAGGGGCAGGAACCGUCUCCAUUGAGUGAUAUUCCUGAUGCAAAUCAAUCACCGCACUGGCCCGCCUUGCAGGGCUGUUGUAAGGACGGCUACAAUAAAUACAACCGCUUUUGGGAAGCAGUAUAUAAACACUCUCUGUAUUUUCAGUGGUAGAUUUUAGUGAUGGAUCUGUUUUUGUCCCAAACUCAAAAGGAGUCUACACUGCCCUAUAAUCUGAAAAUCUGCAUUAUAUUGACCACAGUAUAUUGACCAUACGAUGCAGUUUGGACCAUAUUAUAUUGACCAUAUGAUACAAUCUGAACUGCAUUAUAUUGACCAUAUGAUACAAUCUGAACUGCAUUAUAUUGACCAUAUGAUACAAUCUGAACUGCAUUAGAGUGACCGUACAAUGCAGCUUGGAUCGCAUUAUUUUGACCAUAUGAUGCAGUUUGAACUGCAUUGCAUUGACCAUACACUGUAGUUUGGACUGGAUUAUAUGGACCAUAUGAUGCAAUUUGAACUGCGUUAUAUUGACCAUACAAUGCCAUUUGGACCAUAUUAUAUUGACCAUACGAUGCAGUUUGGGCUGCAUUAUAUUGACCAUAUGAUGCAGUCUGAACUGCAGUGCAUUGACCAUAUGAUACAGUCUGAUCUGCAUUAUAUUGACCAUACGAUGUAGUUUGGACCGCAAUAUAUUGACCAUAUGAUGCAGUCUGUACUGCAUUAUAGUGACCAUACAAUGCAGCUUGGACUGCAUUAUACUGACCAUGUGAUGCAGUUUGAAUUGCAUUGCAUUGACCAUAAACUGUAGUUUGGACUGCAUUAUAUGGACCAUAUGAUAUAGUCUGAACUGCAUUAUAUUGACCAUACAAUACAGUUUGGAUUGUAUUAUAUUGACCAUACGAUAUAGUCUGAACUGCAUUAUAUUGACCAUACAGUAGAGUCUGAACUGCAUUAUAUUGACCAUAUGAUAUAGUCUGAACUGCAUUAUAUUGACCAUACAAUGCAGUCUGAUCUUCAUUGCAUUGACCAUAUGAUGUAGUCUGAACUGAAUUAUAUUGACCAUACAAUGCUAUUUGGACCAUAUUAUAUUGACCAUACAAUGCAAUCUGAACUUCAUUAUAUUGACCAUAUAAAAUAUAGCUUGGAUUGCAUUAUGUUGGCCAUACAAUACAGUUUGAAGUGCAUUAUAUUGGCCAUACAAUGCAGCCUGCUCUUCAUUGCAUUGACUAUACGAUACAGUCUGAACUGCAUUGCAUUGACCAUAGGAUGCAAUCUGAACUACAUUAUAUUGACUAUACAAUUCAGUUUGGACUGCAUUAUAUUGACCAUACAAUAGAGUCUAAACUGCAUUAUAUUAUACAGUUUGGACUGCAUUAUAUUGACCAUACAAUAGAGUCUAAACUGCAUUAUAUUGACUGUACGAUGCAGUCUGAACUGCAUUGCAUUGACCAAACAAUGUAGUUUGGAUUGCAUUAUAUUGGCCAUACAAUACAGUCAGAAUUGCAUUGCAUUGCAAUAUAAUGCGUCUGAUCUGCAUUAUAUUGAUCAUACAAUGUAGUUUAGACUGCAUUAUAUUGGCCAAACAAUACAGUCUGAACUGCAUUGCAUUGACCAUAUAAUACAGUCUGAUCUGCAUUAUAUUGACCACAUACAAUGUAGUUUGGACUGCAUUAUAUUGGCCAUACAAUGCAAUUCAAAUUGCAUCACAUGCCAGUGCAGAUCCGGCCUAAGAGUGCAUCUACAUUGUAUUACUAAUCCAGUCUAACACCACUUGUACUCAAUGCUCUGGAAGCAUAGGGGUUGCAUUUUUCCAUGGUCUUGAGCCUUCUCAUCUAUUAUUCCAUUGCACUGAUUCAAGGCCAUUCAAGCGGUGUCAAAACUGUGUUAACUCUGCAGUGUAGACGCACCUUGAGGCACUGGUUUCCCAAACUCUGUUCUAGGAUUCAGCAAAGCAGAAGCUUGAUCCUCCUUGAAGUCAUUGUAGCUUAGGUACGGGCAAACUUGAGUCCUCCAGGUGUUUUGGACUUCAACUCCCACAAUUCCUAACAGCCUACCGGCUGUUAGGAAUUGUGGGAGUUGAAGCCCAAAACACCUGGAGGGCCCAAGUUUGCCCAUGCCUGUGAAUCUAGCUUCCAAUCCUACCUUUGUUUUUGGUCAAGUAUUGGGUCUUUUUGUUUACUUCCUUCCUUGAAUGAAUGUUUACUUCCUCCCUCGCCCCUCCUGCCCUUGGAACGGUAGGUCAAUGCAUGGUGGGGGGGUCUCAGUGGUUUGUUUGUUUGUUUGUUUUCCUCUCUCCCGGUUUUGUUUCUUAAUCCACAAGAACUUGUGAUUGAUUGAUUUGACAGCCGCACUCCGUAUCUAUUUACACAACCAGCACUGUCGAGCCCCAUACCUUUCUAAUGUUGUCGAUUUUCAAUAAAAAAAUAAUAAUAACCCUCCCAAAAA